CAAUCGAAAAUCGGAAGUUCUUUUCAGUUUCUAAAGCGGCGGGUCCAGCGUUAGGAGGACUUAUUUCAGCCAAAAUGAUCAGUAAAAUGGUCGGUCAGAAGUAUGUGGCCAUAGCCAAGUCAUGGAUCCCAACUCUGGCUGUAUGGGGCACAGCUGGAGGCGUAGCUCUGGUCCACUUCACAGACUGGCGAUUGUUUUUGGAUUAUGUUCCUUACAUCAGCGGCAAAUUCAAAAAGGACGAGUAGUGGCACACAGGUCAGUGCUGUUUUACUACACAAAGACUUGAAUAAUGAACAAGAACUGCUGCAGCCGAUACCUUGCACUGUUGUCCACCUGAAUGCCAGGCCACUGGAAAGCCUGUCGUCUUCAUCCUGCAGCUCAGUCAACAUUGAAUUGUUCCCCAUCAACAUCCAAUUGAAAUGUACCAGGGUUUGGCAUUUCAACUUCCCUCCACCAGUGAAAACAUGAAUGGAAGAAAAAUGAAAACGGAGAUGAUAUAUGGACUUUUCUUUUCCUUUCCUGUUGGGUUGGGUUCAGAUAUUUAUUUUAAUCAUCAGUCCCCUGUGUACCAUGGAUCAAAACAAAUAAAAAUCUGUCAUUCAUGUCAUGCUGUAAUUGUUUUGAAGAGAAGAAGUAAAGUAUGUGAGAUUUACCUCA